AUCAAUGUAUUACUCAGCGUAACCAAAACAAACCAUAAAGAGCCGAUCAAAGAACAAAUUAUGUCUGGCUUGCGAGCGAUAAGCAGUUCCGUGGAAUACCUUGUGCAGAAACAAUUGGUCCGAUUACAAAUAAAAAUAAGACCAAAUGUUGAUUAGCAAGCACCUGAAAUGGAGGUGCGUACACCCGAAUCACUGGGUACUUUUUUGGAAGAGAAUUCAGUUGUGCUUAGAUGAUCGGACCCAAAGGUUAUGGCCAAAUUCGAACUUGGUGGACUACCAAUGAUCCGGCGAAUAAACCGACAUAAUCUGAUAGUGGACAUUUUGCCAUAAUAUGCAGGCAAAUAAUCUAGAACUCCCGAGCCAAGUUAACGUAGAGUGUUAAGAUUAAGUGGCUAUUGUUGGUUCUUAUUAGCGGCCACCUUUUUCGGCCACCUUUAUCACCCGUCUGCACUCGAUAAGUGUAGUUCGUAGAGCCUUAGUCGCAUUCCAAUAUUCAAAUUGGAUCAUGGCAGCACAGAGUAAGCUUGCAGAGGUAGCGUUUAAAUGCACCUGCCAGGAGUUUGUUCAUCCUUGGACCUCGAGCUGUGCCUGUGCGAUGGCUGGGAUGUUACUAUCCUUAAUCCCAGGCACCUUUAGAACAUAUAGUAUGGUCUAUCUGUUCUCACUAGCUAUGCGUAUGCGCAUUCCAUCACUCAAGGAUCUUAAAAACACUUUAUUAAGCACUCUACAGUCGACGGCUUUCCUAUCCCUAAACGGCAGCCUGUUUGUUCUGGCCAUUUGCCUGGUGCGCCAGUUUCUGGGAGGAUUCUACUUUGCUACGGCAACCUGGGUGCCGGCACUUUUGGUCAGCUCCUUAUCGCUGGUCGUGGAGCGUCCGGAGCGACGUGCUCCACUGGCCAUGUAUGUGGCCAACGUGGGAGUGGAGACUCUGUGGAAAAUGCUGGAGGCCCGAGGCCUGGUUCGAUCUAUUCCCAAUGGACAGGUGCUCAUCAUGGGCGCCAGUCUGACCGCUUUGAUGUAUCUAUAUCGUGCUGGACUCCACAAGACGGUGGCCAAGGACGCGACCUUCAAGGGAUUGGGUCUCAUUGUGGGCAAGGAGGAGGAGGGUCCCCUGCAGACUUCCAUAUUGAACACCUCUCGGAGACCCCGCCCGCCAAGGCUGAAUAUCCGCUGCAUCUCGUCUAACCUGCUGAUAUAUGACCGAAUCAUGGCCCUCAAACAUCCCAGUUGUCCACAUAAACAUGGUUGUGCUCUCUACGCCCUCCUUGGUGGCCUGAAACCCUUCCUAGGCGGUGUGGGUCUUCAAGUGGGUUUAAAGCUGCUGCUAAAUAUACCCAAGAUAUUCAAGUUCAAGAUGCAGUGGCGUCAGCAGAUCUUCAACAAGGGAUCUUUGCAGUUGGGCCUAGCGCUGGGAAUCUUUUCACUGCUCUUCAAGUCUACUUCUUGUGCCCUGCGACACUCUUUUGGAUAUGAUAAAGCUAUAUUUGCAAUUCCGGCUGGCUUAAUGGGAUCAAUUGGACUGCUGCACUUUCCCAACACCACAGUUUCCUUGUACCUGAUGUUCAAAUCCCUACAACUCUUGUACAACUGGGGUGUUUCUCAGGGAAAGGUUCCCGAGGUGCCAAACUUCUCCUUGAUCAUGUAUGGAUUUUUCACGUCCGUGCUGUGUCACUCAACCGUACUGGAAGCACAAUCCAUGCGGCCAAGCUACUACAAGUUUAUCGAGACUAUUUCAGGAGGUCGUCUCAGCCGGUUCAAUAUGAAAUCCUUCGAGGCUUUUGGAGUACACAGUCAGGAUCAGGCCAACCACGUGAUCAAGAAGCUGGGCAUUGUUGCCACCUCGGCGUACCCUCUUUUUCCCCUGACUGUUUAGAAGUCGUUCCAUUUCAAGUCCUUUUCUCUACAUUUUUAAAUGAAAUAUUGUGAAAUGGAACUCACUUAGUAACUUAGCAAGACGCUAAUAG